CGCCCAGCACUGAGGAAACAUCAAGUUGAAUCCCAUUUUGAAAGGAGUGUUUCUCUGACUGGAAUUGGAUUCUGGCGGUGUGUGUUACAUCCUCUUACUGCUGAGACACUGAGACGGGUGGCUGGGGGAGGGGCCGCGUGCUGUGAUUAGCUUGCCUGCUCCCUGCCUCCCUUCCCCACCCCCGACACUCAGGCCCCCGUCUGGGGAAACUGAGAACUUAAGAAACCCAAGACGGGGAGGGAGGACCUGGUGUCUCGGAAGACCGGUUUCUGCUCUGGGAUUGGAAGCGGGGACUGGAGAGGGCGGCAGAUUCGACCCUGUGGCCUGAGUGCGAGUCCCGUGAGGUGAACUGUUUCCUGGUGGUGUGCCUGAAGGCAGCGUGUUGGGAAGGGGAUGCCCUUCGUCUUAGGGACGUUUCUUCUACCGGGUUGAAAGUGUGAAGGAUGUUGGAACUCACAUAGCUCUUCCGAGAAGCUGGUACUUGUAGAUGACGGUUUCUUUGGAUUCAUCUGAUAUGGGAGUCAGACAGACGAGGGCAAAUCCAGUUUGCCGAUGACAUGCAGGAGUUCACCAAAUUCCCCACCAAGACAGGCCGCCGAUCUCUGUCUCGGUCCAUCUCUCAGUCGUCUACUGACAGCUACAGCUCAGCUGCAUCCUACACAGAUAGCUCUGAUGACGAGGUUUCCCCCCGAGAGAAGCAGCAAACCAACUCCAAGGGCAGCAGCAAUUUCUGCGUGAAGAACAUCAAGCAGGCCGAGUUCGGACGCCGGGAGAUUGAGAUUGCGGAGCAAGACAUGUCUGCUCUGAUUUCACUCAGGAAACGUGCUCAGGGGGAGAAGCCCUUGGCUGGUGCUAAAAUAGUGGGUUGUACACACAUCACAGCCCAGACUGCGGUGCUGAUCGAGACGCUCUGCGCCCUGGGGGCUCAGUGCCGCUGGUCCGCGUGCAACAUCUACUCCACUCAGAACGAAGUGGCUGCGGCGCUGGCCGAGGCUGGAGUCGCAGUGUUUGCGUGGAAGGGCGAGUCGGAAGAUGACUUCUGGUGGUGUAUUGACCGCUGUGUGAACACGGACGGGUGGCAGCCCAACAUGAUCCUGGAUGAUGGGGGAGACUUAACCCACUGGGUUUAUAAGAAGUAUCCAAACGUGUUUAAGAAGAUCCGAGGCAUUGUGGAAGAGAGCGUGACUGGUGUUCACAGGCUGUAUCAGCUCUCCAAAGCUGGGAAGCUCUGUGUUCCAGCCAUGAACGUCAACGACUCUGUCACCAAGCAGAAGUUUGAUAACCUGUACUGCUGCCGAGAGUCCAUUCUGGAUGGCCUGAAGAGGACCACAGAUGUGAUGUUUGGUGGGAAACAAGUGGUGGUGUGUGGCUACGGUGAGGUGGGGAAGGGCUGCUGUGCGGCGCUCAAGGCCCUCGGAGCCGUGGUCUACAUCACAGAGAUCGACCCCAUCUGUGCGCUGCAGGCCUGCAUGGAUGGGUUCAGGGUGGUAAAGCUAAAUGAAGUCAUCCGGCAAGUGGAUGUCGUGAUAACGUGCACAGGAAAUAAGAAUGUAGUGACGCGGGAGCAUCUAGACCGCAUGAAAAACAGCUGCAUCGUGUGCAACAUGGGCCACUCCAACACGGAAAUCGAUGUGACCAGCCUCCGCACUCCGGAGCUGACGUGGGAGCGAGUCCGUUCUCAGGUGGACCAUGUCAUCUGGCCAGAUGGCAAGCGCGUCGUCCUCCUGGCGGAGGGCCGUCUGCUCAAUCUGAGCUGCUCCACGGUUCCCACCUUCGUCCUGUCCAUCACAGCUACCACGCAGGCCUUGGCACUGAUAGAGCUCUAUAACGCGCCCGACGGACGCUACAAACAAGACGUGUACUUGCUGCCCAAGAAAAUGGAUGAGUACGUGGCCAGCUUGCACCUGCCGUCCUUUGAUGCGCACCUGACAGAGCUGACAGAUGACCAAGCAAAAUAUCUGGGACUCAACAAAAACGGGCCAUUCAAGCCGAAUUAUUACAGAUACUGAUGGACCACAUCACCAAGGACCAGCUCACACGAACAACACAACUCUAAAAGAAAUCUUUUUUAAGAUAACUUUUAUUCUCUUCUUAUUUCUUUCCUCUUGAUUUUUUUUCCUAUGAUUUCGUUCUUGUCUUUUCAUCUCAUUGUCCAAGUUCUGCAGACUACACAGGAGCUUGCUUCAUGGCUCUUAGAUGAAGCUGAGGUUCAAGGGUCCUCACUCUAGUCACUGAAGAAGGGUUUUACUCUCCGAGCCCAGAAAGGCAAUUCUUUCUGUACCAUUUCUGGGGACUUUAGUCUUAAUUGGGUACCUUGUUAACAGGAAAUGUAAGGUACCUCCUAGGUGGAACAAUCUGCAAUGUCUAAAUUGCCUUAAAAGAACCCAUUUCUUAGCUGCUGGAAUCAGUGCUCUUUGACUUUUUCAGAGGAGCAGGGAUGGCACCUGCCAGCCAGGUAGGUUAGACGUAGGUGGUGUGUGUUAAUUCCCCCUCGAUAAUCCAAGCCCUGUUUCCUGUGUAAAGGGGGCAGGUCUGGUUCAGAGGUGUGUGCUCUGAGUGCUGCUUGUUCAGAUCCAGGAGGCCUGCUUGGAUUAGGACAGCCCUUCCUCCACGCCCACCAGACCCUCUCAUUUUUCAGGUUUUUAACCAGACUGCACUCAGUUAAGUUGAAUUUUUUCCCCUAGCAUUUAUUUCUGUUGUACAAAACAUAUGUAAGACACGUGUUUAGUGUUAAUGCAGAGAAACUGCGUGGGUGGCUAGUCGGUAUCAGCUUCUCUUUCAAAGCUUUGGAGCUAAGAGGGCAGAGUUGAGUCUAGAGAAAUGCUGGUCUCAAACUCUGAUAAAUCUGUGUUCCUAGCCCACAGUUUCUAGCUUCAAUGAACUGUGGUCCUAACAGCCAACUCUAUCAGCUCUGCCCCAUACAGCUUGUGCUGAAGGCGAAUUUCUUGAGCCAUUACUCAGUAUAAAGCACUGAGCUCUCUUUUUAGGAUUUAUCCCUCAAGAGCAAAUUUCUGGACAGCUAUGCUUCUGCAACCUAAAAUAUUGAAAGGGAGGUACGUGUUGGGGAGGAGGAAGGAUGUUUUGGGCCAUGGUGAGGGAAUGCUAACUCCAGAUAACUGGCCGGGCCUUAGGCCCUGUGUAACAUUAGUGUUACAGAGGUGGUACCACUUUGGAUCGACACAUGUCACAAAAAGUUUCUGAACUAAGAUCUUAGAGGACAGUUUGUGUAUCGAGAAAGCGGCUAGUAUGUCCUGGCUCACGCUAUGAAAGAAUUCCCCAGAGAGGCUCUUCGCAAUCAGAGGUGUGUCCUUGGCCGUGCACCUGCUCACCGGCAUUUCUGCAUGGUCACGUGAGCCUUGUGCUCCUGAGCUUUACCUAUAUAAUUAUCCAGGAUCCUCAAUCCUCAACUUGUUCUAGCUUGUGAUCCUUCAAAAUUGGGUCAGGCGUUAGCGCUGCGUACUAGGAAUUUUCAUUUCUCUAUCGCCAUUGAUCAGAGAGACAGACAUGAAAACAGGAAUAUAAAAAAGGAAAGCUUUCACUCUGCUCUGCCACUUCCUCGCAGGGCACAAGGGUCUUGCCAAACUUUUUCCCCUUUCCUGUUUCUCCCCACCCAGCCCCUUCCCUCUCCUCGCCAGAAUGGCUGUGCUUGCUUCUCUGUAGAUGCUAAAGGUUCAAGCCCUUUUUCCCAGGGCGUGUAACCAGCCAAUCAGAACACCACAUCCUUUAGGGGAAGUAACCUGGCCAGCAGGGGUAUCCAUCGCGUCGGCUCUGCUGGAGGGAGCGGCCCAGGUCCUGCUUCCCUCUGGCCUGCCCCUGCUCCCAUGUCUGUUACUGUGUCCGUAGGAAUAGUAGGUAAGGGCUUCGUCUCUGUCAAGCCAUGUAACAAGGACACUGUGGAAAAACGUCUGGCAUCAGAGGGAGCAUGUGGAGAGCAACUUGGGAGGAACAAGUUUAUUUUGUAUUGAAUGAUUUUUAAUGAAUGCAAUAUUAAUCCUUGCAGAUGAGCAAUAAUCAUUAAAGUCAAUUAAAAUGAUGAGACCUUAUUGGACAUCUGUGUCAUUCUUGG